AGAAGAAGCAUCAAAGUUUCAUUUUCUUCACUUAAAACCUCAAAAAAAACUCCAGAGGGCUCUUCACGAGAGAACUCUUUCUCUUUCCCAUAAUAUCUUUCAUCGUCAUCAUCACCAUCACCGUCAUGUGUAACACAUCAACAACACCACCUACCACCGCCGGCACUAGCACGGCCGUGUCUGAGAACCAACAAUCUCGAACAGGAGGAGUCUUACUCGAUGUCUUCUCGACCAAAACCUUCGAACAUCCCACAAACCGAAGUCUCCGGCAUUGCGAGAACAUAAGAUCUCCUGUCAUGUCCGAAGCUGUAACGGAGGCGAAGUCUCUCUUCACGCUCGCUUUCCCGAUCGCCGUAACGGCUCUAGUCCUCUACCUUCGCUCCGCCGUCUCCAUGUUUUUCCUAGGUCGUCUAGGUGACCUCGAAUUAGCCGCCGGUUCGCUCGCCAUUGCGUUUGCUAACAUAACCGGUUACUCUGUUUUAUCCGGUUUAGCACUCGGUAUGGAACCACUCUGUUCUCAAGCCUUUGGUGCUCACCGCUACAAACUCCUCUCACUCACCCUCCAUCGAACCGUGGUUUUUCUCUUGGUUUGCUGCGUACCGAUCUCGGUUCUCUGGCUCAACGUCGGUAAAAUCUCGGUUUACCUACACCAAGACCCCGACAUCGGAGAGUUAGCUCAGACAUAUCUCAUCUUCUCCCUCCCUGAUCUCAUCACCAACACUCUCCUUCACCCUAUCAGAAUCUACCUUCGUGCUCAAGGCAUCAUCCACCCCGUCACCCUAGCCUCUCUCUCCGGCGCCGUUUUUCACUUACCGGCUAAUAUUUUCCUCGUCUCUUACCUCCGACUAGGUUUAACAGGCGUCGCGGUCGCCUCCUCCGUCACCAACCUCUUCGUCGUCGCGUUCUUGAUAUGCUAUGUCCGGGCAAGUGGUCUCCACGUGCCCACUUGGACCGACCCGACCGGGGAGUGCUUCCGAGGAUGGGCUCCUCUGCUCCGCCUCGCGGGACCGAGCUGCGUCUCCGUGUGUUUGGAGUGGUGGUGGUACGAGAUCAUGAUCGUUCUUUGCGGGUUGCUCGUGAACCCAAGAUCGACGGUGGCGGCCAUGGGCGUUUUGAUACAGACGACGUCGUUUCUCUACGUCUUUCCGUCUUCUCUGAGCUUCGCCGUCUCCACUCGCGUCGGGAACGAGCUGGGAGCGAACCGUCCCAAGACGGCGAAGAUUUCGGCGAUGGUGUCUGUCGUCUUCGCGGCGGUGACAGGGAUCACGGCGGCGGCGUUUGCUUACUCAGUCAGAAAUGCUUGGGGGAUGGUUUUCACUAAAGACGACGAGAUUCUCCGGCUAACAGCGGCGGCGCUUCCGAUAUUGGGGUUGUGCGAGAUCGGAAACUGUCCUCAGACGGUAGGUUGCGGCGUCGUGAGGGGGACGGCACGGCCGUCUACAGCGGCGAACGUGAACCUUGGCGCGUUCUAUCUUGUGGGCAUGCCGGUGGCUGUGGGUCUUGGGUUUUGGGCCAGAGUUGGGUUUAAUGGGCUUUGGUUAGGACUUCUUGCUGCGCAGAUUAGUUGCGCCGGUCUAAUGAUGUACGUGGUGGGGACCACUGAUUGGGAAGCGGAGGCUAAGAAGGCGCAGUCGCUAACAUGCGCAGACUCUGUGGAGAACGACCUUAUAAAGACGGUGGUCAGUACCAUGUGUGACGACGGUGAGAGCGAUGAGAGACAGCCGUUGAUUCGAAUCACAGUACUUCAUUAAUAAAAAUAUUUAUGAUAUAAU